CCUGGAACGGAGAAGAUGUCCUGAAAUUUGCAGACAGUCCCUUACAUGCGCAGAUCCAGACUGUCCAAUCAGCGCCGAGGAAGCUCUGUUUCCGGGAAUGUUUGGUGAUGUGGCUAUGCUCCGAAACCCAUCCGAGCAGAUUUCACAAAUAAAAAACACAUACUUUAACGUGGAGAGCACGCGCACAGUUAUCGCUGCUAGCUUAGCAAAGCUAACUCGACUGUGUCGUGGAAAGUGCGCUCCGAAAUAACAGCGGACGUGUUUAACAGGAAUCCUGUUUGCGCCAGCGCUUCCUCAUCUUCAGUGCCAUCUUUAUGUUAAGCCGUCUGGCCACAGUCCUCCAGGAGCUCUCUGGAGAGGAGGGCGCAGAUGGAGACCCACAGGAAAUGCUGGUCCCUCAGCUCCCUGAUGACGAGGGUCAGGCUGCAGCAGAGACAGAUGUACCUGAGGAGGCCAUGGAGAGGCUGGCUCACCUGGAACAACUGGUUGUGCAGCUGAAGGAGCUCAUCCGGGACAAGGACACGCUGCUUGUUCAAAAGGACACGGAGUUGUCCAACAAAGAUGCUCAGCUCAAUAGUGAAAAGGAAGAAGCCGAGGCUCGGUUCACCAAACUUAAACUACAGGCCAAAGCUAAGAUGGCAUCUCUCAACAAACAGAUAGCUGGUUUGAAAGGAUCAGGAGGAGACACGGUGACGCAGAGCCCAGACACUUCUUUCACAGGAGCUGGAGCUGCAGUCGAGGAGGAGCUCCAGGAACUGAAGCGCAAGCUGAGCGAGGAGGAGGCCAACAGCAGGGAGCUUCAACAACAACUUCAGACCCUGCAACAGCUUCUGCACCAGAAGGAAUCUGCUCACGCUGAACAGCUGCAGAAGCUUCAGGCCGUGGUGUUUGAGAAGGACGUGCGCUUCCAGGAGCAGAUUCAGAAACAUGAAGAAGAGCUGAUGAAGGUCACAACUCAGUCGCAGGAAGAUGGCGAACUUGAGCAGACUCUUCACACAGUUCAGAGACGCUGUGAAGAGCUUGAGGAGGCUCUCAGGUCCCGUGCUCAGGUGGUGGAAGUUCUGCAGCAAGAAGUGAGCAGCGCGGAUCAGCAAAAACAGAUCUUGACUGCUCAGUUCCGGCAGAUGGAGCAAGAGCUGGCCGAGGCUGUGAAGCUGAGGGAGGAGGAGCGGCAGCAGUGGGCCCAACAGGCCAGCAGGGCAGACGUCGAACUCGCAGCCCUGCGAACAACCCUGGAGGCUCUGGAAGAAGAGAGAGCGGAGGUAGUGAGGCAGGAGAGCGAGUUACUGUCCCUGAGAGAGGCAGAGCGUGUUAGUCUGGAGGCUCUAGAAAAAGAGAGAGCGGAGGUGGUGAGGCAGGAGAGCGAGUUAGUCUCUCUGAGAGAGGCUCUGGAGAACGAGAGAGCGGAGGUGGUGAGGCAGGAGAGCGAGUUAGUCUCUCUGAGAGAAGCUCUGGAGAACGAGAGAGCGGAGGUGGUGAGGCAGGAGAGCGAGUUAGUCUCUCUGAGAGAGGCUCUGGAGAACGAGAGAGCGGAGGUGGUGAGGCAGGAGAGUGAGUUAGUCUCUCUGAGAGAAGCAGAGUGUGUUGGUCAGGAGGCUCUGGAAAAAGAGAGAGCGGAGGUGGUGAGGCAGCAGAGCGAGUUAGUGUCCCUGAGAGAAGCAGAGCGUGUUAGUCAGGAGACUCUGGAGAACGAGAGGAUGGAAGUUACCAGACUGGAGAGAGAACUGGCUCUGAUGAAAGAGGCUGAGCUCACAUCUGUCCAAGGGAGCCACGAAGCUUCAGAGAGAGACGCCGCGGAAAUAUCUCGGCUCGAAAGCGAACUUGCAUCUUUGAGAGAGACGGCCGUUCAUACCAGCCAGGACGCCUUAGAGAGGGAGAAGUCAGACGUAGAUCAACUAGAAAGAGAGCUGGCUUCACUUAAAGAGAAGCAGGAAGAUGCUCAGAAGAAGGAUGAGAUCUUUGUGGAGCUUUGGAGACAUUUACGAGCGCUCGCAGUAGCUGGUGAACCAGCAGAAGACGAAAACCUGGUCCCUGACAACUUUUCUCUGCUUCUGGACGCCGUGCGGUCGAUUGACAGCGAGCUGAUCAGGCUGAAAGAGAAACACAGUGAGAGUGAAGAACAUUGUGUAUCUCUCACCCACACCAUGGAAACCCUUCAGGAACAACUUAAUAGAAAAAGCACAGAACAGGAGGAGACCACGGCCAGGUUACAGCAGCUGGAGCAGCAGAUCGUCACGUUGUCUGACAGAGACGAAGAUACUGGACCACUGCCACAGGAUUCCUCUGAAGCCCAAAAAGCCCAAAUACUGGCACUGGAGCAGCAGCUUUUAAUAAAAGAUAACAAGCUUGUUGCCUUGCGAGAAUCCCUGAGGCUGGCUAAAGACCAAAGCUCCAGUGAGGUUUCGUCAAGUGAAACACAUGAUCAGACUUCAGACCAGAAUCAGGAUGACAGUUCUGCUGCUCUCCCUGGUCUUAAUGAGGACACACAAGAAGAAGACACCACUUUAGUAGCCGAGGACACGUCUGUUCUUUCCGUCUCGGCUGAUAAUGACAGCAGCCCGGAGCUUAUUGGACACCAGUCUGAGUCACCGGAAGAAUCCAAAGCGACGUCUUCAGAUGAGAUGGUCACCAGCUGUGAUUCGGAGGUGGCACACAGCAGCUGGACACUCCUGGAAGCCGUAAAUCAAGAUGGAGGCCAGGAGUGGCCCUCCAUGCAGGAUUUCACACAAAUGCAGCUGCAGUCGUGGGAGACGACAAGCAUGGAGCAAGAAACCUCCACGGUUCAAGUCGAGUCCUCCUCUGUCAUCAUUCGAGAGACUGUUCAGGUCCAUGUUACUCAGCAGAGUUCGUCUUCGGCGGAUGCUGGUGUGUCCUCUGGCCAGGUCUUUGCUCAAGCUUUGGCUGAGGAGCUCCAGAAGAGGUACAGUGAACUUCUGGCUGAGCUGCAGAUGUUGAAAGAGGCAGCUGCAGAGUCACAGGAGAAAAUCCAGAACCUGGAGGAAGAAACUCAGCUGCUUUCUGCUGCUAAACAAGAGGCAGAGUCUCAGGCCAAUAACUUUGCAGAGGAGCUUCAGUUAGCCAAAUCUGAGUUGAGCGGUGUCUCCCAGCAAAGCGGCUUAUUAGUGGAGAAGCAUUUUACAGAAAUACAGCUUCUAGAAGAACAGAUAGACAUUUUGAGCACUGAAAGAAAAGCCAAGGAGGAGAAGAUCCAGAGCCUUCAGAGCGACUUGGAAACAACCCUCCAAGCUCUGUCUGAGCAGGAGGGACAGGUCCGGAUGCUGAGUGCUCAGCUGGAGGACAGAGAACUCUUCACCUCGGAGCUUGAAAGGAGGCUGCAAGAUAUGGAAACCAGCAUGUUGGAAUCUUCCCAGACUUCAGAUCUCAACAAUGAAUCUUUGUCACUGAAGGACACAGAGAUUGGCGACUUACAGCUGCGUCUCAGUCAGAAAGAGCAAGAGAUGAUGGAGCUUAAUGACAGUAUGUCUGCUAAACUCCUCCAGGUAGAAGAAGAGAAAUUCCACAUAGACUGUGAAGUCAAUAAACUGAAAGAGCAGAUUGUGGAUCUUGAGAAAGUGAGAGAAGAGAAACAACCGCUGAGCUGUGAAGACUCCACUUCUCACGGUGAUGAUGAACUUGCAAGUUUACGAAAGCAGAAAGAAGAGUUGGAAACUCAACUAACACACAUGAAGAAGAAGCUGCAGGCUGCACUUGUGCAACGGAAAGAGCUCAUGAAGAAGGUCAGGGACUUUGAGGCAGAAGCAAAAAAUAGGAAAGAGCAAGAAGAAUUAACCAUGGUAGAUAUUCCUGCAGUUGUCACAGAAGAAGAAGAAGAAGAAGAAACUAGAGGACAUGAUAUUCAAGAAAUGAAGGCUAAACUCCUAGAUCUUGAGGACGCUUUAAGAUCCAAAGGGUAUACAGUUGAAGUUCUCGAGCAGAAAGUUGGCCAACAAGAACAAGUCAUUGCUGAGAUGGUUGCCCUGAAUAGAAAGCUAAGUGAAGAAGCCGAAAAUGCUCAACAGGCUUCAGACAUCACCUCUGAGAUAACUGUGUUACAAACCCAAGUGGCCACUCUGAAAGCAGAGUGCGAGACACUUCAGAAGAAGGUUCAGGACGCUCAAGAAUCUCGCAAAGAGACUAUCCGCAAAGCAAAGGAGAAAGACAGACACCACCGCGAGCAACUGAAGCAGCAGAAGGAAGAAUACAGUGAACUGAUGGAGCGCUUCGAGGUGCAGAGCGGAGAAAGAGACGGCCUUCUUACUAAACUCAGUGAAAUAGAAGAAAAGGUGAGCCAUGAAACAGAGGAUAUGUCCCAACAACAGACACAGCAGCUGUCCCAAACUAUGGAGAAGCAACCAGCUGGUGACUGGAUCCAGGAGGACUGGGUGGACUUUGCCACAUCUGAACCAGAUUCAUCACAACCACAAACGAGUAAACCACUUCAGCCUCCUGCAGAGCUGUCAGAAUCUCUGAAAGCUCUUGGGGAAGAGAUCCACACUGUGCGGUUGGCCAACGCCGAGCUGGAGAAGCAGCUUCAAGAAACGCAGGCCAGUCUGUCACUGAAAGAGGCGGAGUUACUGGAUUUGAGCCUGGAGCUACAAGCACUACGAGAGAAAGAAAAACAAAUCAGCGCACUCUCAGAGGAAAUUGCAGAUCUCAGAGAAAAGUAUCGUCAAGCUGAGUCUCAUGCAGAAACCCUAAAAGCAGAGAUGGAUGCUGCGAACAAAGCAGCGUCUGCGGCAUCUGCAGAUUCUGCAUCUUCUGUUGCAGCACUUCAGGGUGAAGUGGAAGAUUUCAAGCAGUUUCUCGACAAGAAAAACCAGGAGAUAAUGGAGCUCAGUCAGCAACUCAGUGAGCAGAACUCCCUCAUACACUCAAUGCAAGACACAGUCUCUCAGAAGGAUCAACUAAUAGCCUCUUUACAGGAUGAAGUAAAGGUCGAGCAGGAGAAAACCCAGAAAUUAGAGGUUGAGGUUCCACAGAAGCAAGAGGAAGAGAAAGACAAUGAGAUGAAGAUUCAGCAGCUUCAGCGAAAACUUCAGGCUGCACUGAUCUCUCGCAAAGAGAUGCACAAAGAAAAGAAAACCCAGAAAGAGCAACUAGAUUCAACUGAGAAGCUCACUGCUGAGCUGAAACAGAAACUCGAGUCUGCAGAAGAAGAGCUGGAGAAGCUCAGAGCAGAAAGACUAAGGCUCAUUGAUGAGGUUGAUCGGAUGUUGCUGGAGAACCAAAGCCUUGGAUCGUCCUGUGAGAGUCUCAAACUGGCCAUGGAAGGUGUACUGAACGAGAAAGAUGCUUGUAAGAGAGAAGUGGAGUUUGCAAAAGAAGAGGCCGCCAAGGUCAGCAAGGAAUGGGAGGGCAAGGUUCAAAUCAUGAAGGACGAGUACGAGACUCUGCUCAAGUCAUAUGAAAACGUGAGCGACGAGGCAGAGCGAGUGAGGCGAGUCCUGGAAGCUGCCAGACAGGAGAGACAGGAGUUAGGGGCCAGAGUGAGGACACAUGAGGCUGCGAAGCAAGAAGCUGAGCGGCAGACGGAGGAGGCGCAGAAAGAGGUGAAUUCAGUCAAAGACAAAAUGAGGAAAUUUGCCAAAACAAAGCAGCAGAAAAUACUGGAAUUAGAGGAGGAGAACGAGAGACUGCGGGAGUUGCAGGAAAAGCCUGUCAUGAAAGGAAACGACAGUACUUUGCAAGCUGAAGUUGAGAGACUCAAAGAGGAAGUUCAGAAUUUGAAAGAUGAGCUGGACGCUACAUCAGAAGAGAAAGAAACUUUAGGAAAGCAGGUUGAAGAAAUGAGGGAACAAAUUGACCAAAUGGGAAAGAAAGAGGACGAUGAAACCCAAUCAAGUCUUCUUAGUUCUGUAGCUGUUGUAGAAGAGGUUGUCACGGCCCAAACAGUAGAUGAAAUCACAACCAAACCAGAGUCUAAUGAGAGUCAGAAUGAUGAUAAAGAAAAGCCUUUACCUCCAAAAGAGUCUCCAGAUGAUCACAUAGUUGCAGCGUCUGCACCAGAAACACAUUUGCAACCUACGGAGGAGAAAGAAGAGGAACUGGUGGAAGGUGCUCAGACUUUAUUAGAGGACAAAAUGAGAGAGAUGGAGGCAGCGGUUAACACAGAGAGGGCACUGUGGCAGGAACGGGAGGCUGAACUCAAAGCUAAGCUGGUGUCUCUUGAGCAAGACCUUCAGGAAAGUCAAGAUAAGCUGACUCUGUUGUCCUCUUUAGAAAGGUACCUGGAAGAGAGCAAAGAGAGAGAAAAGAGUCUGAUCGAAGAGGGUUCAAAGAGGGAAACUCAGGUCAAAGAACUUCUCAGAAGCCUUGAAACUGAGAAGGAUAACCUGGAGGAGCGUCUCAUGAACCAGUUGGCUCAACUCAAUGGGAGCAUUGCCGGUUAUCAGCAAGAGGCAGCAGACAACCGGGAACACCUGGCUGGAAUCCAGCGGCAGGUGGAGACGUUGGAGAGGGAACGAGCUGAACUUGAAGCCGAGGCUCAGAGCGAGCGGGACCGAGCAUCCAGGCUGGAAGAAGACAUGAGGCAGGCCCAGAGGGAGAGAGCCGAGGCAGAGGCUGAGUCUGGGAAACAGAGGGAGCUGGAGCAGCAGCUGAGGUCUGCUCAAAGGGUCAGAGAAGGAAGCCAGAGCAGAGCUCGUCAGCUGGAAGAGCUGCUGAGGGAGAAGCAGCUGGAGGUGCGACAGCUGCAGAAGGACAGCAUCCAGUACCAGGAGAGGAUCAGCGAACUGGGCAAGGAAGUUAAGUCACUGCAGCUUGGUCACGAUGAGCUCAUUAGCAAGUUAAAGCAAUCUCAGCUGGAAUCUUCCUCAACCCAAGACGACAUGAAGACGAUUGAGGCUGAACUGACAAACUGUAAAGCUAAACUAGAUGAGGUCCAAAAACAACUGAGCGAGGCCUUAGCUGAGAAAGCAACUUUGGAACAGAGCUCUCAGCAGAAAGUGGCUUUGAUUAAAGCUGAAGCAGAGCAAACGCUGGACUCUGUCAGGUUCAGGCUGGGAGCUGAACUGAAGGAGAUGGACCUGAGACUGGAGGAGGCCUACAGGGAGCGGGAAAGGGAAGUGGAGGCAACUGUGGAGGCCAGAGAGAUGGCAGAAGGUGCCGAAAGACACGCCCAGGAAAUGCAAGCCCGUCUAGAUGAGUCUUUGGCUCGGUUAGCUGCGUUCUCUCGAUGCAUGUCCUCGCUGCAAGACGAUCGGGACAGAGUUCUGGACGAGACUCGGCAGUGGGAAACUCGUUUUAAUGAUGCUCUGCAGGCCAAGGAGGCUGAAGUCAGGGAGGCUGAGACACGGGCGAGGGACCUGGCAGAACGUCUUCAGAAAGAAACCGCACUGAAAGGGGAACUUCAGCUCUCUGUGGACAGACUGGAGAAAGCAGGUGAAGAAUGUCAGCUGAAACUGGAGAAACAGGAAAAGGAAGUCACAGAGAUCGAAGCUGUCCUUGAGGAGGAGAGAACCCUGCACCAAGAAACACUAUCUGAGCUGAAGUCUGCUCAGAAGGAAGUCCGUGCACUUACAGAAGAGCUGGAGGGCGUUCGUCACAGAGUCCAGGCUCUGGACGAGGCUGUCGGUCGGCUGCAGGGAGAAGUCGACCAGACCAGGACUGAGCUGAAGGAGAGGGAGGCAGACGAGAGGAGGCUGUGUCUGAACGUGGAGCAGCUAGAGACAGACCUGAGGUCUUCUAAGGCCUUGACUGAGAGUCUGCAGACAGAGUUAAAUGAGAAGGAGAGGAGAGAAGUGGAAAUGCUGGGAGAGAAGGAGCAUGCUGUUGCACAGGCUGCUGACGAAGCCAGAAAGGAGGCCGACAGUCGUGCACAGGAAGCUGAGAAGGAGCUGGAGCAGAGAAGGGAAGAGGUGCGAGACCUGGAGGAAAGACUGCGGAAGGCCGAGGAAGAGAGCAACAACAGAAAAGUUCGACUGGACUCGUUCACUAAGGCCAUGGGCUCCUUACAGGACGAUAGAGACCGAGUCCUGAACAUAUACAAACAGCUGGAGGAGAAACACCUGCAGGUCAUGAUGGAGAAAGACGGUCUGAUCCAAGAAGCAGCCGGGGAGAACAACAGCCUGAAGGAAGAACUGCGCUCUCUGCUGGUCCAGAGAGACGACCUGUACGCCGAGAAGGCCAAGCUGUCUGCGGAGCUGCACGGCUAUCGAGACGAACUUAACCAGGUCCUCAGCAUGAAGGACUCCCAGCACAAACAACUCCUGGCAGCACAGAGAGCGAGAAUCACAGCGCUGGAGAAGGAGCGCGAGGAACUGGAAAGUCAGUUAAAGAGUGUCCGCAGAGCCAGAGAGGCAGAAGAAGACGCCGUGUCAAAGGUGGAGGUGGAGAGUCUCAGUCAGGCCGCUGCAUCACAGGCUUCUGAUGCUCCUGGUGCAGAGGUUGAGAAGCUGAGAGAGCAGCUGCACGCAGCAAGAGAACAAGUGCAGGACUUAGAGGAGACCCUGUCGAGGGAGCGACAAGGGCAGGAAAACAGGAACCAAGAGCUAGCUGAACUGCGAUGGGAAGGAGGCGUGAUGCGUACAGAGUCAGAGAGCGCUCAGGAAAGGGUGGCCGAGCUGGCCCGAGACCUGCUGGUCAUCGAGCAGCAGCUGCUCGGAGAGAAAGAGGCGGUGACGCAGCUGAGAGCAGAGAACCAGUCAUUCGCUAAAUCCAUGGCCUCACUACAGGACAGCAGGGACCAGGCACUGAACAAGGUCCAGGAACUAAGCCGGAAACUUGAGGAGAUGAGCAAGGCAGGUGGCCACACAGCUCCCAGCAGCCCUGGAGGCUCCACAGGGGAAGUGUGGGGCCUAAAGAACGCUCUGCAGGCCCUUCAAAAUGACCGGGAGAGACUGCUGGAGCAGCUUCAAACUCAGACGUCUGAGCUCAACAAGCAGAAACGGGAGCUGACUCGACUCGGAGCAGGAGAGCUGAUCAAAGUCAGCCAGGAGCUGUUUGAGGAGAAGGAGAAGAACGAGGAGAUGCUGGGUGUCAUUGCGCAGCUGGAGAGUGUGCUGGAAACGGGCAAGCAGGAAACGGAGACACUGCGGCUGGAGCGCGUCGACUGGACGACUCAAGCCGAGCAGCUGAAGCAGCAGACGCUCGCCACGCUGUCAGAGCGCGACCAACAGCUGCGACAGCUCACCGCCAUGCUGGAGGAAGCUCGCGCUCACCGAGCCAAAAUUCAGCAGGAACACUAUCAGAGAGAGGGCACAGAGAAAGUGGACAGUCCUCCUGGAGCCCCGCAGGAGAGGAGGGGUCUGUCGGACAGCCACGCCUUCACCGCUGAGGUCAAAGACUUACAGCGCAGGCUGGAUGAGGAGAUACACCAGAGGAUGGCUGCUGAGGAGCAGCUCAUGGUCACACAGGAACAAUUCAAACGUCAAAGCUCGGCAAAGUGGCGCUCAGCUCAGGAAGACGAUCAGUCAGAGACGGCUGUUUUCAUCGAGCCGUCAGAAGGAGGCGUCACUCGGAUCCGUAGAGGAGGCCCGGGUUGGAAGCGGAUGCUGCGAGUGGCUUUCUGCUCCCGCCAGCGUACGCCUCUGCUGCUGAGCCUCUAUCUGCUGACCGUGCACGUCCUGCUGCUGCUGUGUCUGGGCGGAUUCCUGUGAACAGACGCACACCUGACUACAUCUGUUUGAUUUAGAGUGUGAAGGUUAUUCUACAAAAACACACACACACACACACACGCACUUUACAGGAUUUUCAACUUUUAGCCAAAGUGUAGAGAUUUAUGUCGUUAUUUUAACUCUUUUGAUGUCAGGUGGAUUUGAAAAGUGUUAAGUUUGACAGAAAAGGACAGAAAGAGACAGAGCGAGGACAGAAAGACAGAAAGAGACAGAGAGUUCAUGCUUUUCCUGCUGUUGCACAGAGAAGAAAGUUUCUUGUUAAUAAUGCAGUGUUUUGGUCGAUGGUUUUUCUUCCUGUGCCUUUAGAUCGGGAUUUAAAGGGUUUUUUUAUGAUAAAGAAAAAGUUGGACAUUUUGGGGGAAAACGAACACAAACUGACGCCGCUGAUCAUCUGUUAACUUAAAGCUUAGUUUGAGAAACGUGUCAUUUGUAUAAUCUGUACAAGGCCAUAUUUUUACUUUAUGUUACUUAAUUCACUCGACUACAAGUGAAGGAAAACAUCUUUACCUUUAAUGGGCUGCAAACCUGUUUUUACAUCAAUAUUUGAGCUUGUUUUUUCCAUUUAUUCUCCAAACUCCGACGACUUCAUUUAAAAACCGUAUGAAGCUCAAACAGCAACAGGUCACUCUUUUAAACAUGAGCUGAAUAUUGAAUAAAGUUUUCCAUGGAAAACUGAGAUGUUAAGGAUAAAAACAUUCAGGACAGUUAUUCCAGACUUUUUUUGUUCCAUUUUUUCCUCAUUAGUAAUUGCUGUGCAGUGAUUGGCCCUCAGUUCAAAGGUCGCGUGUGUUUGGCUGAAAUUGAAGAUCUUCAGAAUGGAUUGUAUGAGUGAGACUUUUAUAUUAGUAUCAGGAGCAGAGGCAGAGGCAGAGCCGCCCACAGUGGACACUAAACUAAACCUUUGAUGCUUUCUUGGUUUUCAGGGGACUCUUUUGAAGGAGCAGUAUACUUAAAAAUAGCUCCACCUGGUGGAAACACACUGACAUGUAUAUUACUUUCACUGAGGAGAACAUUUUAAAGUAGUGGAGACUUUUUAUACACUGAUACUGACUCCAGUCAUAAGACACCCAGCAUUCCCGUCUGAGUUUAGUGUGGAAAUACAAAAAUGUUGAACUUUUAUCUCCUGAGGUUCAGGAUGUGUCGUCUUCUCCUCGCGUCGUGCACAAGAAAAUAAUAAUAAUAAUAAUAAUAAUAAUAUGAAUCAUAACGGAGCACAGUGCAAUUCCUCUUCUUACACUUUCCACUCAUGUGUGUUCUUUUCUUUUCCUCUCACACGUCUGUUCUCCCUCUCUUUCAUAUCCAGUUUACUUUUUUUUUUAUUUUAAAAAGCGGUCGAUGAAGUUGCCUUAAGUGUGGGAUCAUUCCAGGGGACACUGAACUUUUUAAUCCAUCCCAUCAUUGAUUUCUCUCAUGUAGCAUAAUUUAUUGAUUGGUUCAUUUUCACUUUAAUCACACGGUGUCAGUCAGACAAACAUCAUUCACUACUUCUGCUGUAAAUAACUGUUCAAAAGGGCUGUCAAGAAAAAACAUGUCAUUAAAGUGUUGGUGGUUCAGGGAA